GUCAUUCUUGCCCGGAAAUGGGUGGUGAAUGUUCGCUGAAUAGACGAGCUUUGCCGUGGCAAGAUGGCGUCGAGCGAUGGCCUCUCGUCUUUGGGUCUGGAGGGAGCUUCGGCUGCCGCGCACGCCCUGUCUCUUCCCGCCGAGGCCUACGGGAAUGACGAGCGGCUGGAGGCCAUGUGGGCCAUGAAGGCCUACAACCACGCCGAGGUUUACUACAACCUCAUCUCCUCCGUGGAUCCCAAGUUCCUCAACUUAACCAAGACGGACGACCAGAUCUACUCGGCCUUCAGGGAGACCUUCGAGGACCUGGACAUCAAAGUGCUCGACCCCGAGGAACUCAAGUCGGCGGAGGCCAAAGAGAGGUGGCGCCCUUUCUGUAACCGCUUUGAAGGCCUGGUGGAGGACUUCAACUAUGGGACUCUGCUGCGACUGAACUGCCAGAAGGAUUACACCCAAGACAACACCAUCUUCGCCACCAGGAUCCAGUUCUUCGCCGUGGAGAUUGCCCGAAACCGAGAAGGUCUCAAUGACAUGGUCUUCGCAUCCAAGUCUUCCAAAAGUUAACUUACAAAAGAAAAUGACUUUUGUUAUGAUGGCGAGUGGAAAUGAAAGUGUGUCCUGGAAUUUGCGUCUUUGUCAUUGAGGAAAAUAAAACAAAAAGGUGCGGUGCAUCAAAACUCGA